AUGGAGAAAGACGCUGGCUCCGCCGGCGCAGCCAAACCCGACGAGACGAAGAGCGCUGCGCCUGCGCCUGCGCCUGCAGUCGAGGAGAAGAAGCCGGAUGAAGUGAUGGAGGAUGUUCCGGAUCCUGACGAGGAUGAUUUGGACGAUCUCGAUGACAUGCUCGACGAGUUUUCGGCGGUGAAGGUGGACACGAAGAAGCCGGAACAGCCAGCCGCGCCCGCUGCUACUGGUCCUGGGAGGCCCGCGACGGUUGAAAACGAGGCCGAUAACAGUAACUUGGAGGACAAGAAUCUGGAAGACAUGCUAUCCUCCGACGACUUUGCCAAGCAGCUCCAAGCGGGCAUGGCGGAUCUAAUCGGAGAGUUGGAGAAAAACCCGGAGAUGCAGGCACAGUUCGAUACCAUGUUUAAGCAGAUCAACGCGGCUGCACAGGAAGCCGAACCGUCCCCUCAACCACAAGCAUCAGCAUCAGCAUCAGCAGCACCACCUCGGCCAACAUCCUCUUCUAGCAAGGCAGCGACGUCGGACCCUAUUGCGGACGGUUCGUUCCAGGAGACGAUUAGAAAGACAAUGGAGCGAAUGCAAGCAUCUGGCGAACAGGCAACGGCCGCGGCUGCGGAGUCGUCCACGGAAGACUUCCUUGCUGAAAUGAUGAAGCAACUUGGCGACGGAAAUAUGGAUGGUGCAGGCAGCGAAGAAGAGUUCUCCAAAAUGCUGAUGGGCAUGAUGGAUCAGCUCACCAAUAAGGAGAUUCUGUACGAACCUAUGAAGGAGCUGAACGACAAAUUCCCCGAAUGGCUGGAGAAGAACCGAGAAAAGACUCCGGCAGAAGACCUCAAGCGAUACGAGGAGCAGCAGGCUUUGGUCAAGGAGAUCGUUGCCAAGUUCGAGGAUAAGAAAUAUGCAGACUCGAACCCGGCGGAUAGAGAGUACAUCGUGGAUAGGAUGCAAAAGAUGCAAGCCGCCGGGUCGCCACCUUCGGACUUGGUUGGAGAUAUGCCGUCAGCACAGGAAGCCUUCAACGCCGACGAAAGCUGCAAUCCGCAAUAA